UCUGCAAAGAAAAAGAAACCCUUUCACUCCACACGUUUUUUCCUUCGAAUAGGAUUUUGUGGAAAUUCUUCUCCGUCGACUCAUCGGUAUCGGUAUCGGUCUCCAGCUUCUCUGUUGCGACCAAUCGUAAAUACUCAAAGAAUUUGUGAAAUUCCAAAAUCACAAAUUAUCGCACUCUGAUAUUCGUUUCCAAUAGAAAACUGAACAAAAAUCAAUCCAAACCAUGUCUGUCCAAACACCCGAAGAAAAGAAAGAACUCAUCACGAGAAAUCUUCAAGAAUUUCUCGGCGAGGAGAAAUUGAAUACUUUGCUUAAGGAACGUGACAUCAAGAUCUAUUGGGGAACAGCGACGACAGGAAAACCACAUGUCGCUUACUUUGUCCCAAUGUCCAAAAUUGCUGAUUUCCUUAAAGCUGGAUGUGAGGUUACCAUCCUCUUUGCUGAUCUGCACGCCUACUUGGACAACAUGAAGGCCCCAUGGUCACUCCUUGAAUUGAGGACACAAUACUAUGAAGCAGCCAUCAAAGCAAUGCUGACUUCAAUCGGAGUGCCUUUGGAGAAGUUGAAGUUUGUUAAGGGAACAGAUUACCAACUCUCGAGGGAGUACACACUCGACGUCUACAAACUAACUUCCGUCGUUACUCAGCACGACGCGAGAAAAGCUGGAGCCGAAGUCGUCAAACAAGUCGAAUAUCCACUGUUGUCUGGUUUGUUGUAUCCGGGAUUGCAAGCACUUGACGAAGAGUACCUGAAAGUCGAUGCCCAGUUCGGUGGUGUGGAUCAGCGAAAGAUCUUCACCUUCGCUGAGAAGUACCUGCCUCAGUUGGGCUACGAGAAGCGUAUCCAUUUCAUGAAUCCAAUGGUUCCCGGUCUAGCUGGAGGCAAGAUGUCCUCAUCGGAGGAAGAUUCCAAAAUUGACUUGCUUGACUCGCCAGCAAAUGUCAAGAAGAAGCUAAAGAAGGCCUUCUGCGAACCUGGAAACAUCACUGACAAUGGUCUACUGUCGUUUGUGAAACACGUGCUAUUCUCACUGUUUCCCAAAGGUGAAGGAUUCACCGUCAACAGGAACGAGAAGAACGGGGGAGAUGUCACAUUCUUGACCUACCCAGAGCUCGAGACCUGUUUUGCCGAGAAUAACCUGCAUCCUGCAGAUUUGAAGGCUGCAGUAGAGAAGUACAUCAAUAAACUCCUCGAGCCAAUUAGGAAGACAUUCGAAAGUCCUGAGCUUCAAAAACUCAGUGCACAGGCCUACCCUCCACCAGCAAAAGCAGGUAAAACCGCUGCGAACAACAACACCGCCGCUGCAGCCGCCGAAGCAACUGAAGAUGGCCCACAUCGUCUGGACCUCAGGGUGGGACUUAUCACUGAAGUCAAGCGUCACCCCGACGCUGACACUUUGUACGUGUCGACAGUUGACAUGGGCGCAGAUGAACCUCCACGUACAAUUGUCAGUGGUUUGGUAAAAUUCGCAACAAUCGAGGAACUUGAGCAGAGAAAGGUUUUGGUGCUGUGCAAUCUUAAACCUGCCAAAAUGCGUGGAAUCCUCUCCGAAGGCAUGAUUUUGUGUGCCUCAAAUGCCGAACAUACUGAAGUGGAACCAAUCAUCGUUCCAAGUGGAUCAAAUGCUGGUGAUAGAAUUUCCGUUGAAGGAUAUUCCGGAACUCCAGAUAAAGAACUUAAUCCCAAAAAGAAAGUUUGGGAUAAACUUCAAGCCGAUUUGAAGACAAACAGCAAAGGUGUUGCCGUUUGGAGGGAUAACAACUUGCAAGCCCCCAAUGGAGAAGUAUUAAUUAGUAAAUUGGUUAAUUGCACCAUUAAGUAAUGGAAUAAGCUACAAAGUCGACGUUAAUAAGCUUUUUACACUGCGCAUCUAAAAGCAUUUACUUAUUUAUAUUUUUGUUUUGCAAAAAAGCAUUUGUUUGAUAUGAAGACCGGGAAUAAAAAAGAAAAAUGAGCAAAAAUA